AGAGAACAAACUCUUAACAGACUUCUUGAAUGUGUGCUCAAGGAGAGAGUUAUUCUAGUUCAUUCGCCACCAAUGACUGGCAAAACGGCACUUACACAGCUAUUUGAGCAUUAUUUGCUUCAAUCAAGGAGUCGUGUUUUUCGCAUUUCAUUGCUAUGGAUGGAAAGAAGUAAUUCAUCAUGGACAUUUGAAAAAAGAUUUGAAGACCUCAUGAAGAUGACUUGGGAUGGAUUUCUCGAUCAAUGUGGUAAAGAAACAUUUUUGAUUGUUGAUGAAGUGCAAAAGAUUUAUAAGCCAGAGAAUGAAGAUGAACCUCAUCAUGGCGGAAAAGUAUUUUGGGAUCAAUUCAAGAGGAUAAUGCAAAGCACAAGCCUGCAUAUUGUAGCAUUUGCUUCAUAUGGACAUUAUGGUGCUUACACUGUGGAUGGAGAUCAUGCAAUUAUGGAUAUCUCACCAUAUCGUCUUCCAAAGAGCAAUGCAUGGGGAUUUGCAGAUGUUUGUUUUACUGAAGAAGAAUUUCAUGAUUACUUUGAUCACUUUUGUGAGAAGAAUCUUGAAAUGUUGCAAAAAGAAGACACCCCACUUCUUUCUCACUAUGUGUCAGCAAUAACAGCUUUCCAUCCCGGUUUAGUUGCUUUCACCAUGGAAAAAAUACAUGCAAGAUUUGUAAAACAUACCUUUAAGUCUCUGACAUUUGCCAAAGUUUUUGCUUAUCUCAAAUCGCGUGAUUUUAAUGCUCAUUUCAUGGAUGUUCGUGCAAUGCCAAGAAUUACUUAUAUGUCAGAUGCAGAAAAGAAAUUGGUCGAUACUGUACUCUUCAAAAAAGGGGGUCUUAAAAUUAAAACCAGUGCAAUUCCACAUGAGGGACGAAUUAUUAAGACCAAUAUACUUGUUGAUACUGCAAUGACAACAGAUUAUAACCAUUCGAUUCUUGACUUUCCAGCACCAUUGCUUCGAGCAACAUAUCUUCAAAAUCGGUUUGGCUCAGUCACGCGGUCUAAAUCACCACCUAAUACAUUCAGGGACUUCAUCACUUUAGUGUUUGCAAAAAUGGACCCAAAGGUGUUGCAAAAAAGCAAGGGUACUGGUGUAGAUGGUCGUCUUCUCGAACGUGUAUGGCAAAUGGAGUUCUACCGUGCAUCAAUGCAAGUUCUUCCUGAGGACGUUCAUGCUUCAGUAGAUGCUGGAGCAGUGUUUGGAUCAAAAGGCUACAUUGAUUUUUACAUUAACGAUCACCGUAAUUGGGCUAUUGAACUAUUGCGGGAUGGAGAUAAAUUGGAACAACAUCAAAAAAGGUUUCAAGAAGGUGGUAUAUACAUCCCUAUUCUUAAAUAUGCGAAAGAAGGGGCAGUUAUUGAUAUUCGAAAUAACAAGAAAGGAUUUCCAGAGGGACAUGGCAAAGACGACAUUUAUGUUCUUUGUGCUGAAAACUUUGAAUCCGUUCAGUUGAUGUAUCCUGAUGGAACUAAAGAGGUUGUUCAAUUGCUAGGCAAAGAAGAAGAUUUGCUUGGAUAUAAUAUCUCUGAAUUUUUAGAAGAUUCGAUGGAAACUGAUUGA